AGGCGGCUGCUGUCACCAUCAGCAUGUCUUACAGUGUAACCCUGACUGGGCCUGGACCCUGGGGCUUCCGUCUGCAGGGGGGCAAGGACUUCAACAUGCCCCUCACUAUUUCCCGGAUCACACCAGGCAGCAAGGCGGCCCAGUCCCAGCUCAGCCAGGGAGACCUCGUGGUGGCCAUCGACGGCGUCAACACAGACACCAUGACCCACCUGGAAGCCCAGAACAAGAUCAAGUCUGCCAGCUACAACCUGAGUCUCACUCUGCAGAAGUCGAAGCGUCCUGUUGCCAUUUCCACAGCAGCACCCCCAAUCCAGUCUCCUCUGCCAGUAAUCUCCCACCAGAAGGUGGUAGUCAACUCUCCAGCCAACGCCGACUACCAGGAACGCUUCAAUCCCAGUGCUCUGAAGGACUCAGCCCUGUCCACCCACAAGCCCAUUGAGGUGAAGGGGCUGGGCGGCAAGGCCACCAUCAUCCAUGCCCAGUACAACACACCCAUCAGCAUGUACUCCCAGGAUGCCAUCAUGGACGCCAUCGCUGGGCAGGCCCAAGCCCAGGGCAGUGACUUCAGUGGGGCGUCGCCGCUGGCGAGUCUUCCUGUGAAGGAUUUAGCAGUGGACAGUGCCUCUCCAGUGUACCAGGCUGUGAUCAAGAACCAGAACAAGCCAGAAGACGAGGCUGAUGAAUGGGCCCGACGGUCCUCCAACCUGCAGUCUCGCUCCUUCCGCAUCCUGGCCCAGAUGACAGGGACAGAAUACAUGCAAGACCCUGAUGAAGAAGCUCUGCGAAGGUCAAGCACCCCUAUUGAGCAUGCUCCAGUGUGCACCAGCCAGGCCGCCACCCCUCUGCUGCCCGCUUCUGCCCAGCCGCCUGCUGCUGCCUCUCCCAGCGCAGCCACUCCCCGUGCCACCACCGCCUCUGCUGCAGCCCCUGCCUCAAGCCCUGAGGACAGUCCAAGGCCCCAGGCUUCUGCCUACAGCCCUGCAGCAGCCUCCUCUCCAGCACCAGCCACUCAUACCAGCUACAGCGAGAGUCCUGCUGCCCCUGCACCCAAGCCCCGGGUUGUCACCACUGCCAGCAUCCGGCCUUCUGUCUACCAGCCAGUUCCUGCAUCUACCUACAGCCCAUCCUCAGGAGCCAAUUACAGUCCGACUCCCUACACCCCCUCGCCCGCGCCUGCCUACACCCCCUCGCCCGCUCCCACUUAUUCCCCCUCCCCUGCACCAACCUAUAUGCCAUCGCCUGCCCCAAACUAUAACCCCACACCCUCAGCGGCCUACAGCGGGGGCUCCGUGGAGUCUGCCAGCCGUCCCCCCUGGGUGACCGAUGACAGCUUCUCACAGAAGUUUGCUCCUGGCAAGAGCACCACCUCCAUCAGCAAGCAGACCCUGCCCCGAGGGGCCCCAGCCUACAGCCCAACUGGUCCCCAGGUGACCCCCCUUGCCAGAGGCAUGGUCCAGAGAGCCGAGCGCUUCCCAGCCAGCAGCCGAACUCCACUCUGCGGCCACUGCAACAACGUCAUUCGGGGCCCUUUUCUGGUAGCCAUGGGCCGCUCCUGGCAUCCAGAAGAGUUCAACUGUGCCUACUGCAAGACCUCCCUGGCAGAUGUGUGCUUUGUGGAAGAGCAGAACAAUGUUUACUGUGAGCGGUGUUAUGAGCAGUUCUUUGCCCCACUCUGUGCCAAGUGCAACACCAAAAUCAUGGGGGAAGUGAUGCAUGCACUGAGACAGACGUGGCAUACCACCUGCUUUGUCUGUGCAGCCUGCAAGAAGCCUUUUGGGAACAGCCUCUUCCACAUGGAAGAUGGAGAACCCUACUGUGAGAAAGACUACAUCAAUCUGUUCAGCACCAAAUGUCAUGGCUGUGAUUUCCCUGUGGAAGCCGGUGACAAGUUUAUUGAAGCACUGGGGCAUACCUGGCAUGACACCUGCUUCAUUUGUGCGGUCUGCCAUGUGAAUCUGGAGGGACAGCCGUUCUACUCCAAGAAGGACAAACCCCUGUGCAAGAAGCACGCUCAUGCCAUCAACGUGUAGGGGCCCAGGGCAAAUGGUGUGGGCGAGGCCCGGGCUGCUCUUGCUACUGGCAACAAAGGAUUGAAGGAGGCUGAUGUUUCUUUUGGGGGUACAAGGGAAGAGAGGAAGCGAUUGAGCCCUUUUGAAGUAUAAUUUUAGUCUUUUCUUGUGUACACAGAGCGUGUAUUUGCAUAGUUCAGACUAGAAGCCAAAUGAAGAUUCUAAACCAAGCUAGUAAUUAAUCCAAGACUGGAAUUGCAUUUCAGAUGCUUAGGACAGGAUUCCAAGAACUCAAAAGUGAAAAACAAAAAGCAACUUUCCCACUGUGAUACAUCUUCCUGCCACCACCAGAAUAGGGACAGAGCUUAGAGCAGUUAGGGAGAAUCCAAAGCAUGCGGGAGAGUUCUGUAGAGUUCUUCUGGCAAACAAAGUGAAGUGCCAAGCAGGGGUAUUUUUAGAGCCAUAGCUGAGAGCUGGUUAGCUAAGACCGAUUGGGCCUUCCUCACCAAAAAAGGAAGUGUUGUUCCAUUACCAGCGUCAUGGAGCUACCUCUGCACAUCAGACUUCAGACCUUGAGCAAACUUAAGACAUCUAAAGAGAGCCCAGACAUCUGAAGAGAUGUCUUCUGGGAGCCCCUGGGCAACUGACAAGGCUCCAGAAAGGGCUGUGGCUCACACUGCCUGCCAUUGAGACAGAUCCCCUCUUUCAGUUUGAAACAUCCAAUGCCCCCAGAAGGCUUUGCUCCUUUUUGAAUUGUGAUGGGAAAGUGGAAUUGGGUUUUUCCAGUUUUGCUUUGCAGUGUGUGAGAAGAGAUUUAACCAAGACUCCGGGAUGUGUUUGGCCUUUGUUUUGCUUUAAGAGGUUCCUGAGCAUGAGUUCCUAUGCAUGCAUUUCACUCCUUACCUGCCACUGCUUACUUACAAUGUCUUCCUCACCCUCCCUCCCCUUGCCAAACAGGCUUGGUGGCCUGUGGAAAGAAGAGACAGUGUCUGACUUAGGAUGGAAAAAUAGGUUGACACCCCCAAACUGUGAGUGGAGAAAGACCCCUUACUUUCUGCCAACCUCAGUUAAGAACACAGGAGCGACAGACCUCCCACCUUCCUGCUGCACCAUCCUCUUCACAACUUCCUUUAACAGCACCACAAUGGUUAUGCAUAAUUGUGCUAACUUUGGGAAGAAAAAAGAGGAUGCAUUUGCCAUUUGGGCCAAUAUUUUGAAAAUGUAUGAGCUGAGUUGAUCUAGUAAUUAUUUAAGUACUUAUUGAAAUAGACUAGGCCUUUCAGACUUCCUUAUAAUACAGGUAAUAGUCUGAGUUAGGCAGGCAUGGUAAUGCUGUUGGUAAAGAAACAAGCUUCAUUUCUGAGGUUGGAGAUGGUGUGGUCUCCUUCCUUUUUAGGAAGCCCUGUUAUAAUGCACAGUGAAAAUGAUACUGAAGCAGGCAGUUUGUGUGGAUGUUUCACACUGGAGCACAGUAUUUAGAUACUUUCACAACUCCCUGCUACUCUUGUUUUAGAUUUUCUCUUUGCAUGUUUGAAAUGUUUUACAGCAGUGCAUUAGAACUCGCUUUCUUCUGAGAACUGAGGCUUCCAGGGAACUGCCAUCUUACCUCAGGGUCUUCUCUGAGGGACAGGGAAGCAGUUGGCCAUAUCCUAGCAGGAAGUCCAAGUUUUUCCAAAUGUGAAGCCACCAACCUCUCCCAUGCUGCCCGGGGGAGGGUGUCCUCCUACCCGAGGGCCCUUCUUUACUUUUGAGGCAGUGAGAAAGUGAAUGCAUAGCUCCAAGCAGAGGAAUUCUGUGGGAUAGCCUGGAAAAUGGUCAGGAGACAAGCAAGCACAUACCUUGGAGCAUUCUGUUAUUUUUGGAAAGUUCAAUAUACAGGGACAAGAAGCUUGCUGAUUAUACAAAAAGACUAAGCAGGGUGUUUUUUUUCUUUUCUAAAGUAGUCUAUGAAAUGAUCAGGAACCGGUAUGGAGGAAAGAAAACAAAAAGUUCCCUAGAGCUGUUUCCAAAAUCUCUUUUUAAAGGUUUUACAUGUGCACACAUGCUAUACAUGUGUGAUUAUUAAAAACUGUAUGAUCAUUAAGAAGAAAAGAGAAGUAUAUCAAAGGACAGCUUUAUCAUUGCUCUCUAUUGAAUUUUUUUUUCACAUCUCAGAGUUCAUACAGAUUCUGAGGGACUCUUAUUUAUCAAAAACAAAAUAAACCAAAAACAUUUUAGGGGUGGGAGAUAUAGACCAGUGGUGGCAUGCUUUCUUAGCAUGCGGGAGACCCUGGGGAUUGAACCCACUGAAAAAAUUUUUUUUAUAAAAAAGAA